CAACUACAUCAGCAACUGGUUACAUCUCCUCCGAGGAUUUCCAGCAUCACUUUGGUGUCUUACCAACCACACACAUCCUCUUUCUGCAUCAUCAUGGCUGAAUGGACCGAGUGCAUGAACUUUGGCAUGGCCAUUGCCAGAGAGGCCAGGGAGGUGAUUCUGGAGGCUUUUAGGAACAAAAAAGACGUGAUGCUGAAGAGUUCCCUGGCUGAUCUGGUGACGGAGACGGACCAGAGGGUGGAGAAGAUGCUGAUCUCCUCUAUCAGGCAGAAAUACCCAACGCACAAGUUCAUCGGUGAGGAGUCCGUGGCCGCAGGUGAGAAACUGGAACUGACCGACGCUCCCACCUGGAUCAUAGACCCCAUCGAUGGCACCGUCAACUUUGUACAUAGGUUUCCUUUUGUUGCUAUUUCAAUCGCUUUUGCUGUGAAUAAGCAGACAGAGUUUGGGAUUGUUUACAGCGUUGUGGAGGACAAGAUGUACCGGGCGCAGAGGGGCAGGGGAGCCUUCGUCAACGAUGUGCCACUACAAACCACUGGUCAGGAGGACAUCACUAAGUGCCUGGUGGUGACUGAGAUAGGGGCUGAGAGAGAUGACUUAUCCCUGUGUACCAUGACCACUAACAUCAUGAACCUGCUCAGGAUCCCCAUUCAGGGUAUCCGUGCGGUGGGCACGGCGGCGGUGGACAUGGUGUUUGUGGCGACGGGUGGAGCGGACGCCUACUACCACAUCGGCAUGCACUGCUGGGACAUCGCCGCAUCCGCCAUCAUAGUGCAGGAGGCCGGUGGAGUGGUGCUCGACCUAGACGGCAACACGUUUGACAUGAUGUCGAGGAAGGUGAUUGCAGCCAGCAGCAUGCCAGUCGCCCUGCGCAUUGCCCAGACGGUGAGGGCCUUCCCUGUCGUCCGGGACGACGAAGACCCCAACAAAUCCACUGCUUCCAAUGGCCAGUAAUGACGAAGACGAAGCAAAAACAAUAGUUUUAUGGAAAUGCCUGUCCUUAGUGUUGAUUUGAUACUUUGCAUUUUAAAAAAGUCUCCCUCAAGUGGAUACACUAUGACUAGGAUUUUAAAACACAGGGCUUAUUUCCCUUUUUCCUUUUGAGUUAUUGAUGUAAAAUCACAACAUGCUCAAUGUUGUAUUUUGUUAAUACAUGACAAAAUGUGAAAAGUGAAACGCACAAAUGGGGCUAGAGUCCGAUUUACACACUGCUCAUGUUUUUUAUUUGUUUUUUUUUGGCACUUAAGGUGUCCGUAAAAAAUCAUGACAUUUUGAUAUGAUUACUUUUUCAUACCCCCUUUUGAGUACUUCGAUGAAACCUCACAUGGUAUAAUAAGCUGACAAUAAACACUGAAAAUAACUAAAUAAAUGAUGUUGUACCAAUGAAUUUCUUGGAAUACUGCAGUACAAAAACUAGCCACAAGGUGGUGCUAGAGAAGUCUGUCAAUUUACUUUUCACUCAACCAGGGAAUCAGUACAAAAACUAGCCACAAGGUGGUUGUCGAAGUCUGUCAAUUUACUUCUCACUCAACCAGUGAAUCACCUUCUGAACAGUGGAACUUCAGCAGUCUGGAUUAAAUAAACUCCUAAUGUUAACAUCUUUA